CCCUAGGAGCCUUUUUUCUACAAAAAUGGAAAUUCGUCGCGUGAGCUACGUCAAGCAACCGAAUGGUCCAAAUAGGGAGGUGGAGAGGAAAUAAUUUGGGCCGGUGCGGGGUUCCGACCAGAACGACCGCAGCCGCAGCUUUCUUGGUUUAAGACCUUAUCUUGUCGCACUGGAACUCAUGGCUGGAUCAUAAUGCAGCCUGCUCCACGGUCGGAUUCGAUUGGUGCGAAUCGGAAGCAGAGGAGGGCUGCUAUCGCAUGUACCGCCUGCAGGCAGAGCAAGAUCAAAUGCUCUGGCGACGAGCCAUGUGCCAAUUGCCGAAGACGAUCCCUGACUUGUCAGUUUGCGGAGGGGAAUAACAAGAUCCUGGUUUCCGAAAGAUACCUUCGAGAUUUGCAGAAACAGGCAUAUAAUUGGCAAAGAGCAACAGGUGUCAAGCGUUCUCGAGAGGACUGUUUCCGAUUCGAUGAUGAUCUCGAUGCAGGGCAUAUUGUUAACGAAUUUGGUGCCACCGCAGAGCUUCUAGGCUCAGCGCCUGGGGAAUCUCCUACUUCGCCUGCAGCUGAUUUAUCAUGCACUAUCUGGGCAAGCCCCUUCACUCUCCCAACAACCGUCAUCAAGGACACGCAUCAAGAGCAAAGGAAUUGGAUUUGGCUGGCCCCAUCUUCGGCAUGGUCCCUCACAGCUCGACUUAUCGUUAUGAUGACAGAAAAGCUCGAGGUUGAUUCCACCAAUGAUCCGCCUCGAUUUUACCUGGACGGAGAUAUCUAUCCCUUUGCAUGGAAUCGCGUCACGAAUGCUGACCCAGUCGACACAAGCGGCCUACCCUCUCUCGAUUACGCUCUUCAUCUAUUCCAAAUCGUUCAAUUCCACCUUGGUCAGGCGUACAGAAUCUUCGACCAGGAUUCCUUCGUCACUCGAAUUCGUCAAUUCUACAACAGUCCCUCGGACGGAAAGGCUGCUGAACCUCGCUUCUGGUUCGUUCAGCUCCUGAUGGUGCUGGCCCUCGGUAAUGCUUUUCUUUCGAGGCCACGCAAUCACAAAGACCCUCCUGGAGCGAAAUUCUUUGCACGUGCCAUGUCGGCUAUGCCAAACUAUACAAGUACUGGAAAAGAUAGCCUUCUUGCCAUCGAGGCCCUGGCAUUGGUGGGGCUGUACUUAUAUGCUAUCGACCAUAGAGAAGCAGCUCAUGUUCAUGUUAGCCAUGCGAUUCGAAUUGCACAGCUGGAAGGAAUGCAUACGCAACUCCCCGAAGAAGUUCUUGGGGCUAUGACGGUUGCUCGGUGUCGUAAUCUGUGGUGGUCUUUGUACAUCAUGGAUCGUCACUUUUCACCAUCUUUGGGACUUCCGAUGACAACCAAAGACAGUGAAAUUACUACGCUGAUUAGCUCCCCAAGCUCCAGUCCUCGAGAUCUUGCAUUUAGUCUUCAAGUGAGAAUCACGCGGAUGCAUUCAUUCAUCAUUGGCACUAUAUACAAGACGGAAAAGACUCCACUUGGUACUUUCUUAGAGAUAACUCGGAGUAUCCUAGAGACUAUGGCUAGGUAUGCCGAGGAGAUCGAGAAGAUGAUCCAUGUCAGCUUUCAGGGCUCCAUAGACAAUGUGUCCGAGGAAACACGUCACACAAUAUUGUUGUAUCAUCAAUGUGUUAUCGUUGCCACGAGGCCGCUAUUGCUCUCCGUCCUCAAGGAGCGACUUGAAAAGCUUGGCGGGGCCGAAGAGGACUGGCAGAAAUUUCUGGCCCUUCCCAUAUCCUUGAUAUCUAUUGGCAUCAAAUCAGCUGAGAAAACGCUUCAAAUCAUUGGUGAUGAGAAUGGCCUUCUCGAAACAUUCUUACCUUUUGAUCUUGAGUUAACCUAUGCAGCUGCUCUACACUUAACGAUGGCCAAUGCACUCUUUCCUCCCAAUACGGAUAACCAGUCAUAUGGCCAUGUGGCGCAUUUGAUUCUUGACGAAAUGGUCCUUUCCGGCAACCGGGUUGCGGAAGCACGAAAACGAGAACUUAUUCGUAUUGAGGGUUUAUUCCAGGAACUCGCCAGACGAGUCGAGCAAGAAGGCCUUCGAAUUUUGACAUUAGCGGAUCAAGGGCUCACAGAUCUUGCUCCUCUGAACGUUUCUAGCCAGUCUCAAUCAGGAGAAAGACCCGUUGCAGAGCCAGCAAUGGCUUUCCAGUCUUCUGUGCAAGAAAAUCGACCGUCUUCUGCGGGCUCAUUUACUCCGGCCAACGUUGAGUUCCUUGAUAGUAUUGGAAUCUCUUCCAACGAAUUCCUUUCUAUCGUCGAUCAGAUACACAACCCAGGGAUGCCGUAUGGUGCGUUGGAUGUUCGGCCAGAUUGGUUGUCAGGAGAAGAUCCUCCCUCAUUUACCAUUGAAUGAGCGAUUUGUUACAUUCUAGACUUAGAAAAGUUGUAGAAUUUGGCUGUCUACAGAGUGAUUAUCAAUAUCACCAUAUCGUUUCGAUAUGUAAAGGAUCGAUAAGUCAAUGCACAGCCUUGUUUGGAGUCU